CGGCAUUCUCGGCGAUUUCGUCCGCCGCAUCAACUCCACGAAUCUGCCGAUUAUCUGUCGCGCACUUUACUCAUGUCUGCAGACCCGGCCCGGUAGAGGAUCAGAGGGACGAAGACCUAAGGGGGCGCUUGUGACUGAGAGUCAGGAGAUGUCUACAUCACCACGUCUCAGGCCGGUUGACGGCAGUGACCGAACUAUCGCUCGGACAGAUGCAACGGAGCAUCGAAGACUUGGCAACGAUAUUACUGCCGGACCCUCUAAACGUCGGCAGUCCUCACCUCACGCAUUCAAACUAUCCUCUUCGGUCCCUGAAUCUCAACAUGAAGCGUUCACUGAGCUUUUGCGCAAACGACAACCCCCAUCAUGCGAUGCGUGCCGGACGAGAAAGUUGAAGUGCUCCGGUAGACCGUCAGUGAUUGAACUCGGUUCAGGAGCCAUCGCAACGAAACCAUGUGAGAAUUGCAAAGAAUGGUCUUUGGAUUGUUCAUAUCUCUAUCAGCGGAAACGUCGAGGUAGGAAGAAUCGAGUGGUCGAGCGGCUAGUACAAGAGCAACGGAGUGGCAGCCGGAUCGGCUCAGGUGGAUCUCGUGGCAUACAGGAGGAUCACUUUUCCGAGAACGAAGGGGAGGUAGGGGAUGAGCAUGACUCACUCUACGCCCAAUCACACACAAGGGGCCAGGAUCGUUCCUCUCGAUUCAUGAACGGUCCGCAAGCAUCUCGCAGAUCCUCCUCUCCUGUCAGGAUCCCUGGAGAUCAUCACGAUCAUCCUCGACCUCCUCAACCUCAACCUCCAUUCUCUACCGUCCCUCCGCCUCCAUUCUGGACUUCACCAAAUGAGUCGACUCCGUCAAACGGACGGCCCGAUUCAGCGGUUCAGGGGGGCCAGUCUUCACAUGCGGCUCCGCCUUUCCAGGCCAAUCCCGGUGAUCCGUUCGCGGCCUAUCCUCAGCAGUAUCCCGCCAGUCAUAUAGAUCUGCCUGGACCGUCAGCAUUUGUUCAGCCCGGUGAUCUACACGCUCACGGUCCAUUGCCUGAUGCUCCCACAUACGGUCAAUCAAGCCAAGAUCGAGGCCCUUCCUAUGCUCUGGCUGAACCUAUGCCAAUUGUGUACAGUAUCGAAGCUGUCCUUCCUAGGGAAUUGGCAAUGAGCAUCAUCGACAGAUACUUUGAGCAUGUGUAUUGCAUCAUACCGGUCAUUCAUCGUCCAUCAUUCUCGGCGGACUUGACUUUACGUGAGGAAGAGCGUCGACCAAUGCUUUUGGCAACGGUCUUCGCGAUCGUGGCUUUGACAUUGCUUCAUAUCCCCCGAGCCUUUUUUCCUUCACUCUCUGGUGAAGGAGUUCGCAAGUUGUCCAGCUCGUGCCUCCGAGCCGCAAAUUCGAUAGUCAGAAAGGAGAUGAAUGUUUUGACCGUGGACUUGAUAUGUAUUAAAUAUUUCACCUUUGUCAUUCACAAUAUAAAUGGUGCGACUGGUCUCGAAGCUGCCGUUUGGGGAGAGGCCAUCAGCCUAGCUAUCAGCCUGGGAUUGCACAGGGAGGACUCAUAUCGAGGACUGAAUCCGAUCGAGACUGAGCGUAGAAGACGAGUCUGGUUUCUCAUCUUCAACGCCGAUAAGUUUGAAGCUGUCUUCCGCGCGAGACCAAUCUUGCUUCGACCGGAUGAGUUCGUUGGCCCAGAGUCGACUGACAUGCCGGCUGAACUAGAAGACAAGGCCAUCAGCGUUCACGGUUAUCUUCCGUCAUCCGCCGCUGUGCCACUGAUUGUGGGCUUCAACAUCCUUACUCGCCUUGUAACCCUCAUCGGAGACCUCCUGAUCCGCGAACGAGACGUCAGGAGGCAGCCGCCCCGCGAUCCAGAAUCAGUCCUCACUUCGUUGCGAGAAGUCCGUAAAUUACAGUCCAGGGUCAAGGCCAUAGCCGAUACCCUACCCGUACCGUUCAAGCUGGACAUCUUCAAUCCUCUGGAUCUCCCCGCACCUGGAUGGGAGGACAUUAUGCGGAAUCAACUCGAUCUUUUCUACCAAGAUCCAAUGGCGAGUGAGACCGCAAAAGACGGGUACUUGGUGAUGCGGGCGAACAUACACGUCACCUUGGCCAUGACUCGUCUGAGAAUCAUCUUGCACAGAGAUGAUCUGUUGAAUCUGGCUGGACCUAUUGGAACGCCCAGUAGAAAUGGCAAGUCCUUCGACGAACAGCUCGCCGCCGAGUUGGUCGCUGCGGACCUGGGCGAGAGCCAAGACUGGAGGCUAGGUGUAUAUCAAGAUCUGUUCAAUGCUGUUCAUGGGUUACCCAUUCAAGCUCUUGCCGCCAAUGGUCCAUCAUUGGUCAAUAAGAUCCGUGUUGUCGCUGUCACUUUGAUCGAUGCCCUACCAGCUCAAGAUUACGGUGAUAUUCAAGUUCAAGGGAUCGCCGCAUAUCUGUUGGACUUUCUCAACAUUAUGACGAGCAUUGAAAGCGAGUUCAAUGACUGAUCAACGGGUCACAGGAGUCGUGAAAGGGACGCAGGCUAGAUUCAAUCGGCAGGGGAAUUGUGGCGAGAUCAUAUCCAAGUUGAACACCAUGCAGCGCCACGGCGAAGUGUUCAAGAACUUGCAAGUGCUUAUGGGGUAUGCUGCGUAUCGCUAUAUACUUCCUCAAUGGCUUGCUUCUCCUCGCUUCUCACUGCUAGACGGUGCAAGUGGCGAGGAAAUGAAUGCUCUGACCGCC